AUGAAUCCGACAAAGUCGACUCAUAGCCUGAAAAGGGUUACAAAUUGCUAUCGCAAUGGAAAAUUCCGCUACAAGCAGAUGCUCCUCCCUUCAAGGGCCCGGAGUCAGCCUCAACCCGCAUUGCAGGGGACUGGCAGAGAGUUGCGGCAGCCAAGUGAGCCACCAAUUCAGAGCUCUUGGACAACAUCCUUGCGCAUGCUAUUAGGCUGCACACUGGCCGCAGAUUGGGUGUAGUAUCAACUCUCUACGUUCUAUCUACUUACUCAUCUUUCCUCUCAUCUUUCCCUUCCUUGUUAUUCAAAAAAGAAAAGCAGAGUCUCAAUCCUUAUAAGCAAAGAUAAAGCCUUUACCUUGGUGGCAAAACACGCCGAUAAGAAUGGAAGGUACUGGAUAAUACAAUGCAAUAUUAAUAAUGCACAGUACACACAAGUUUCUAUAUAUGGUCCACAUACUGACCAGUCAGCCUUCUUAGAAAACUUAUUUAAAAAAUAGAUAAAUGGAGAUUGGGGGAGGUGAUCAUGGGAGGUUACUCUAAUUUAUCCUAGAAGAUCAAAUGAAUAUUACAUCCUCGGGGGAGGUGGCUCAUACUACGACAAAUUAAAUCCUUUUGACUCAUGAAUACAUAGAUCUGUGGAGGGUGACACCUCCCUUUAGAGAGGGACUAUAUUUUCCAUUCUCUCGCUCACAAUUCUUACUCCCGGAUAGACCGAUUUCUUAUACAUAGCUCUAUGGUGACAAAGGUACAUGAGACAGGGUCUCAUCUCGUGGUCGGACCAUGCACUGGCAACGAUUCAACUGGGAGAACAGUUUCCCAAUAAAGGCAGAGGCUCUUGGCGCAUGAAUGGGCAUCUUCUCACAAACCCACAAAUACCUACAGACAUCCGUAAAGAACUAAACUUGUACUUGUACUUGGUAACUAGUAAGUUGCCAAGCACUAAGCCAGAUUCGCUAUGGUUAGUGCACAAGGCUUACAUAAGAGGUAUAUUACUUAAGCAUGCUAGCUAUGCUAAAGCACAGAGACUUAAAGCAUACUUAGACCUUACUAAAAGGUUGGCAGAACUAUCCUACUUAAAUAAAUCAACCAGUUCACCUCAGCAAGCACUAGAGAUAAGAGAACUACAACGCCAACUAUCAGAAUUAGUCAAAAAAAAAAUUCUACUACGCAGAUUUAAACAGCUCUACUUUGUAUCUAUCAACAGGACGGGAGCUCUCCUAGCCUCUCAAUUGAAAAAACCCCACAAAGAUUGCGUUUAUACAUACGACACAAGACGACAAAAUUAUUAACCCAGACAAAAUUGUCCUAGAAUUCGCCUAAUACUAUAGCUCGCUGUAUAACCUAAAAGAUUACCCUUCCACACAUGUCCCAAUGCAACAACAGAUAGACACCUUCCUAGAUUUGACUCAUCUGCCCAGGUUGCAGGACUCAGAAAUACAGGAGCUCAUAAAACCUAUCAGACUUGAGGAAAUUCAGAAACAUAUCAAAGCCCUUCCCAUAGCCAAGAGCCCAGGGCCUGCCAGCCUGCCAGCUGCUUAUUAUAAAACUUUCCAAAAUCAAUUAGACUCCCAACAGCUUUCAAAGGGGGAUUCUUCCCUAAAGAGAUGAAUCUAUCCUAUAUAGUCACUUUACCAAAACCGGGCAAAAAAACAACCAUCUGUUAAAAUUUUAGACCCAUUUCCCUUCUAAAUACAGAUACAAAGCUGUAAAACACAAAGCGGUAGGUCUACUAAGUGAUACAAGCUCUAAAACCUUUGAGGUAUCCCCUACACCUACACCUUUAAAUCAUAUAUAACACACAAACAAUAGGUGGAGCAAGUAUGGCAUAUAGAUUUAAAAAAAAAAAAAUUGUUAUACUUCUCUCUCUUCUUGCUUUGUCACUGUAAAGAUAGAGAGGUACAGAAUAGUGCAGAUACCUUAAUACAUAAUAUGUAAAUUCAAUAUAACUAAAACACACUCACAAAGAUAGAGCCAUAUACUGAACCUGGCUCUGGUGUGGAUUUCCUUAGGAUCUCUUUAGGGUGAUCCAAACCCUCUUUGUUGAUGUUCUGGAACAGUGGAAAUAUUUUGUUGAUGCUCUGGAACAGUGGAAAAUAAUUUUCUUUGUUAUACUUCUCUCUCAAUUGGACAAUAGUAGACUUUUUAAACUGAUACUUUAUGAAGUGUUUUAUCCAGUGUAUGUAACAAUAAAUUAAAUUUUAGGCAAGUUAUUUCAUCUUAGCUGCCUAUCUUUGAGAAGGAAUAUUUCCACUGUUCCAGAGCAUCAACAAAGAGGGUUUGGAUCACCCUAUGGCUCUAUCUUUGUGAGUGUGUUUUAGUCAUAUUGAAUUUACAUAUUAUGUAUUAAGGUAUCUGCACUAUUCUGUACCUCUCUAUCUUUACAGUGACAAAGCAAGAAGAGAGAGAAGUAUAACAAUUUUUUUUUUUUAAUCUAUAUGCCAUACUCGCUCCACAGAUACAAAGCUGUACGCCAAAGUCAUAGCAGACAGACUUGGCUCGCUCCUUCCGAAAUUUAUCCACUACAAUCAGUUAGGCUUUAUCAAAGGUAGAUAGGGGUCAGAUAAUUCCAGGCAUCUCUUGAAUGUGAUCCACCAUAUCCACAAGGAAUUGAGCGAGGGCCUUCUCUUAGUGCUGGACGCGGAGAAGGCCUUCGACAGGCUUAAUUGGUUGUACAUGACAGAGGUGAUGGGAAGACUCCCUUCAUCAUUCAUAACAGCAAUAAUGGCAUUAAAUACCCAACAGCUAGCGUUUUCAAUGCUGGUUUUAUAUCCCCUCCAUUUGCUAUAACAAAUGGGACCAGGCAGGGGUGCCCCCAGUCUCCCCUUUUGUUUAUUUUGUGUUUGGAACCUUUGGCUCAGCUCAUUCAUGACUUUCCAGAUAUCCAAGACAUAUCGAUAAGAGAACAGACCCACAAACUAUCAUUAUUCGCAGAUGAUCUCAUUUUAACGAUCUCCUGCCCCGAAACAUCCCUUCCAAAACUAAUUGAACUGUUGACCGCCUUCGGUUCAGUCUCUUACUACAAACUUAAUACCAAUAAAACACAGGAACUGCCUAUUAACAUACCCCGCAACAAACAAACGACCCUUUCCAAACUCUUCCAGUUUGAUUGGAAGGAAGACUAUGUGGUUUAUCUUGGAGUCCGAAUAACGAAAUCUAUGGCAACGCUACUUAAAUACAACCAUUUACAAAUGCUGACAACACUAAGACAAGAACUGGAUAAAUGCAGGGAGGUAAAAAUAUCUUGGUCAGGUUGCAUAAAUGCCCUUAAGAUGAUGUCUCUACCUAAAUUGUUAUAUACCUUCCGGAUGCUUCCUAUCCAGGUACUUAAGAGCUACUGCGAUAAGGCACAAAAGCUUUUCACAGAUUUGAUCUGGUAUAAAGUAAGGGUUAGAGAAGUGAGGGAGGUGUUGCAGAGGCCUUUCCUAAAGGGUGGCAUGGGUGUCCCUCAGGUAUGGGCUUACAGUAUAGUGAUUCUUUUUUCUCAGGCCAUUAACCUCCACGCAUCCUGUGGACUAUUGAGAUGGGUAGAUAUCGAGUGGCAGCAACUGUCAGGAGAUUCACUGCUAUCGCACAUGUGGACACCUCCACCCCUGAGGCAGAAGUCCACCCCCAACAAUCGCCGCCUGGAACGCAUUUCACAACAUGAGGUACUCACCUUCAAAAUUUCAUCGGCUGGCGCCAUUAGAUGGUCUGAGAGCUAUCUCCCCAUGGCUGUCUAUAAGACACUGGGAGAAUCAGGGAAUUAA